AUGGUGGAUUCUUUAGGAAUUCCACCCGGCCCCUCCCCCUCCCCCCCGCCCCCUGACAGGGACGGCAAACGGCAGCGCGACGCGGCCGCCAUGAUUCAGUUCCUGCUCGGCUUUUCGCUCGGCAACCUGGUUGGGAUGUACCUGGCUCAGAACUACGACAUUCCCAACCUGGCCAAGAAGAUUGAAGAGUUUAAAAAGGAUAUUGAUGCCAAAAAGAAGCCCCCCAGCACCUGAUGCGAAACCCGGCGACUCCGUCCGACGCUUCGAUUCCAACCCGGGGGAUGCACCCGUCCUUUCGAGCCCAAAGGGCCAGCUCUGCCCCGGCCGGGGUCUGUGGGGGGUUCCCUCCACCUCCAGCGCACCCGGAUGCCCUCGGGCUGAAAUGCCGCCAUAACCAGGGGCAGCAAAUAGACUCUCCCCGGCCCCUUCCUCUCCUCCCUUCCUUCCCCGCUCCCUCCCCGCGACCCCAAGCUGUUUGGCAGAUUUGAAGACUGGCACACGAUCAUUUCAAUCAGUGUUCUCCACCUUCCCCCUCCUCCUUAUUUUGGGUUCCUAGGACUUUGUAGAAAAAAAAACGUUCCUUUUGAUAUGGCUAACCAGAUGUGCAAUGCAGAUCCUGUACAGUUACGUUUCCCAUCCUGGAUGCUUGACAGAGCAUUUGAUGCCAAACCCCGUUCCUCCAACCUCAUUAAAGCCCAGAGCCAGAAUUGA